AUGAAGUCCACAGGCAGCGACUGCACCGCGCAGCCCGACGGCUUCACCUCCGACCUGGACGACCUGGACAGCGGCAGCGACAGCUCCGACGGGAAGUCCACCGGCGGCUGCAGCCCUCGCAUGGAGCCGGAGGAUUUGGCUGCGGCCGGUGGUUCCCGGGCCGGUGCGCGGAGGCGCAGGAGGCGGCGGAGACGCGGCAGCGGCGGAGGUGGAGGUGGAAGAGGCGGCGGAGACGCGCGUAUCCCCGGCUUGAGCCAACAGCGGCAGGCGGCCAACGCGCGGGAGCGGGACAGGACGCACAGCGUGAACACGGCCUUCACGGCGCUCCGCACGCUCAUUCCCACCGAGCCCGCCGACAGGAAACUCUCCAAGAUAGAGACGCUGCGCCUGGCCUCCAGCUACAUCUCCCACCUGGCCAACGUGCUGCUGCUGGGGGACGACUGCCGGGACGGACAGCCCUGCCUCCGCUACCAAAGGAUCCUGCACGGCGCCACCUCCCUGCGGCCCAUCUGCACUUUCUGCCUCGGCAACCAGAGGAAACAGCUCAGAGAUGGGGGGAAGCACUCAGCUGCUGUGUGAAGCAAAGUGGCUUGGGACCGCCGAGGAGUCCACCUUGAUGUUGUUUACAUGCAGACACAUGGCGUAGGAAUUACACCUGUAGGACUUUUGUACAUAUAUAUAUGAAUGUAUUUAUUUUUGUUGGAUUAGACUAGAAAAAAACAAAAUCAACACUGAAAAGCACUUUCUGUUCACGUCCGUGUGCUUCUGAACCUUCUGUGUUUUGGUCGAGCUGUAACCUGAGCCGAUGUGUAAAGUCGCACCUGACGGGGUGGUUAUUUUGGUCCCACGAAUAGUAUAAACUACCCCCCCAACCCCCAACCCACCACCGCCUUCAGUCACAUGGAGGAAACUGAAGAGCAGCUAUCACAGCGGUUGCUGUCAGUUGAGUGGCGUUUUUUUGUUUGUUUGUUUGUUUGUUUGUUUGUUGGUUUAUUGAGCAGGGACAGUGCACAUUAAUAAAUACAAGUGUCUUCAUCUGUAGUCCCCGGACAGAUGUUGCAAAGGAAAACAAUAAAAUAUUAAAGUUAAUAGAAACCUCAUUCUGGACACACUUAUACUACAUUAAGGCUGCUUUCAGGUGCUGUCAGGAAUAUCUAAACUGUGCAGGGGCACUUUAAAGGGGCAUUAACUGGUCUAUAACCUCUGAUGUAGUGAUCCCUACAUCUUGUAUCAUUUGCCACACUGUUGUGACUUCAUUAAAGGUCCAGUGUGUAACAUUUAGGAACAUCUACUGGCAAACAUUGAAUAUAAUAUCCAUAGGUAUGUUUUUAUUAGUGUUUAAUCACCUGAAAAUAAGAAUUGUUGAGCUGUUUUUUAUCAGAGGAGGCGAGUCCUCUGUUGAGCCGCCAUGUUGAACCACUAUGUUUCUACAGCAGCUCAGAAUGGACAAACCAAACCCUGGCUCUAGAUAGGGCCCACCAUAGUUUCCCCUAUACGCAUGUUGCAAUCUGCAACUUCACCACUAGAUGGCACUAAAUCCCACACACUGGGGUCAAAAAGUGUGUUCAGACAAACAGGCAAAUUUGCCCCGAGUGUCGUUAUUUGAUGUAAAGUUCAACAAUUUUAAACUUGAGCAAAACAUUUGCAAGUAUCCUGAGCAUUUAUGAAUCUAUUAGAAUGGACUGGAGCUAUAUAAAUGAAGCCAGGAGCCCCUCAAAUCCCCAAAUAUCCUCUUUAACAAGUUCAGUAUAUUAAAAGCACGUGGAGGAUGUAUUAGGAGAUUUUUCAAGCUUUGACAAAAUCAGGGAGAUGAUGCUUCUUUUAAGUUUUUUUUAAGAUUUUUAGAAAAUGUAAGUUAUUUUGGAUCAACUCAGGGGGAUAUUUCACGUAGCUGUAUGUAAAAAUGGUGCCCUGUUUGAGUCCACUACAGAUAACAGCAUUAGUUUUGCCGCCUCACUUUGCAAACAAUCACAUCCUGCAAAGGACAAAGUCGAAAAAAUCUAUUCAAUCUUCUUACUUGACGUUUUUUUUCAUGUGUUAGUGAGAGACAUCCGUUUUAAUCCUGCGGGGGGGGGGACUUUCUACAGCAGCAAACACUUGACACUCACAGGCAGGAAGGAUGUAUAUUUAAUCUGCUUUAAAAUGAUCUAAAAACACUAUUUUUCCCUGGAAGUGUAUGAAAAAUGUGUUUGACAUGUCAUAUAACUUCAUAUAUUGAGCCUUAAAAUCCUAAGAAAAAUCAAUUAUCCUCCUCAACCAGGAAGGUUAUGUUUCUAUUGGUUGUAUAAGUUUGGGAUCAGGGUCAUUUGAUUGGAUUUUGACAACAUUAAUCUGAGCCUGAUAGGUCGAAAUCAGACAUCUGGGAUUUCAAAACUGGGUAUAAAAACAAGGUUUAAGCUCCAGCGAUGCCGUUGAGCCUCAAAGCUUUUCCCAGAAAUGAUUUGUUCCCAAGAUCCAGUUGCAAACCUGAGCGGGAUAACACUUAAACUGAACCCCUUUCUAUCUUUCAGCUGUUGGUCAAAACGUUUUUCAUUCUGGCCUGUGAAAUGUUAGGAUAAAUAUAUUUGCAGUGUGGUCAAAUGUUUACUUUUGCAUUGUUGCACAAGCUCUGUAUCACUUUAAAAAACACAAAAUUGCGACGUUUUGUGUGCAUUAGACUGUGGGAUGUCCUGGCAUGCAAAGUGCAUCAUCUGCAUGCCCUUUGCACCAAUUUGGGAUAAUAUCUAAAUGUAAUCCUUUUACAAUCACCUGGAUCCCUUGAUUAUUUAUUAUAUACAGCACAUAUGGAUGAAAACUAUCACUGGGAAAUGUUGCACACUACCUCAAACCUGUUUUAAAUAUGAAGGCCUACCUCUAAAUCUAAUGUGUAACAUUGACUGUAUAAAAAUGUACUUGAAUAACCUGACAACUGUGUCCUUUGCACAUCGCAAAUACUGAGAAGCUGCUAGAAGAAAAAUGUAUUUUUGUACAAUAAAAAAUGGAGAAUAUCAAACAA